CUCUACACACUUGCAAUAUAAUUUCAUAUAUGGAAUUAAAUACCAGGCAUCAGGUCAAAUCCAACGAUCUCCCUCUGUUUUUCUCCCUGUAGAUGCCAUGUGAAGGAUGCAUGGAGAGGGACAAUGAGAGCACUGAUGCAACCAUGGAGUUCCUCCUUCUUGGCUUCUCUGAGCUGUUCUGUCUGCGGGUCCUCCUCUUCCUUAUCUUUCUCAUCAUCCAUUUGGUCACAUUGGCAGGGAAUAUGAUGAUCUUCAUAGCUGUGUUUAUGGAGCACUCUCGUCCUCCCAUGCUUUUCUUCCUCUGUCAGCUCUCUAUCAUUGAGCUUUGCUACACCUUAGUCAUUGUCCCUAAGGCACUCCUUGGCCUGAUGGUUAUGAAUGGCAUCACCAUUUCCUUCAUAGGCUACGCUGCCCAGAUGUACCUUUUCGUGGGGCUCGGUGGAGCCGAAUGCUUUCUCCUGGCAGCCAUGUCGUAUGACCGCUACAUUGCCAUCUGCCAGCCCCUUCACUACACAGUGGUGAUGAGCGAGGGGCUCUGCCUUAGGCUGUCCAUAGCGUGCUGUCUGGGAGGCUUUGCUGUUGCCCUGGGGUUGACAGUGUCUGUUUUCCACUUACCUUUCUGUCAGUCACAUCACAUCAACCACUUCUUCUGUGAUGUCCCUGCAGUGCUGCACCUGGCCUGCACACACAGCUACACCCCCGAGCUUCCCCUGCUGGCUGCCUGCGUGCUCCUCCUGCUACUUCCCUUCCUCCUGAUCCUCACCUCUUAUGUGUGUAUUGCUGCUGUUUUGCUACGUAUCACUUCCUCCCUCAGAAGGGGCAAGGCCUUUUCCACCUGCUUAUCACACUUGACCAUCACGUUGCUGCACUAUGGAUGUGCCUCCUUCAUGUACAUUCGUCCCAAGUCCAGUUACUCACCAGCUCGAGACAAGAUGGUUUCUCUAGUCUACACCAAUAUUACUCCAUUACUAUACCCCCUUAUUUAUAGCUUGAGGAACAAGGAAAUCAGAGGAGUCCUAAGGAAAAUGUUGAGGAGGAAGAGAACAGCUCAGCUGAACUGGGGUACUACUAGGGCUGUUACAGCUGAGAACUAAAUUUGAGGAGGACAAAUGUUCUUGUUGGAAAUGCAGUCCUGUAACUUGGCUAGGACAAGAUUCUCUAUAGACCUCACUACGGUAAACAUCCAGGCAGAAUACAAUGUGCAUUGAUGUA